GAAUUAAGACUAGAAGAUAUAAGACACCUUCCGAUCUUAAUACAACUCAUAAUCUUCUUAAGCGUAAUAUUAUACCAUAAUUUUUGUUAACGUACCGAGUUGGUGUUGAAUCAAAUACAUAUCCUUAUAUCUACUUCAUAUAAUGAAAUAUGAGUUAUUUUAUUUUAUUUUACUCUCCGCCUUGUGGUCGCUAGAAGGGUCUUAUUAUCAAGCCUAUUGAGAGUUCGGCCAAGGGACGACCGAGUGGUGAGGGAAGGGAUCCAAUAUAUCCCUAAUGGACUUCCUGCCAAGAAAUUCUUGGGGUUUUCGAGCCAUCUGAAUUUGUUCCCGAUUCCCUCAAUAUUAAUGGCUGAACUAUUUGAAGAUCAUCAUUUUUUUGUAUAAAAAUUAGCAUUCUUAAAUGAUAUUUCGAAAUUUGGUGGUAUUCCCAUUAGAAGCUCAUGACAUACCAGAGUGUCGUGGAAGGUGCUAUUGUAGCUAUCAAACCGAUUAACAAAUCUCGAAUCGAAUUAACUAGACCACUUCUUUUGGAAUUCAAGAAGAUGAAAGAUUUACAUCACGAUCAUAUUGUUCGAUUUAUUGGAUCGUGUGUGGAACCUCCUAAUUGUUGUCUAUUAACAGAAUAUUGUCCUCGAGGAAGUUUACAAGUAAGAAAUUAUCUGCUAGUAAAAAAUAAUCAAAUUUACCUCUAAAUACUUUGUUUUUUAAAACUAAAAGAUAGUCAAUCUGACAGAAGCAUCAGUUUGCUACUC